AUGAUAAAACAAAAAAAGAAAUAAUAUUAAAACAAGAUGGAGUAGCUUAUUCAAAAUAAAAGACAGGAACAUAUGGAGCUACUUAAUUAAUUGGAGAAAUUGGAAAUAUAAUAAUAAAUAAAAGAGAUGCAAAUAAUUUAGACGAUUACAUAAUAAUAAAAAAGAGAGCAAGAAAUAGAGAUAAUAGCAGCACCUUAAUUAGUAUCUCCAAAAUGGUUAAUGAAUUUGAAACCAACAAUGACAUAUGAAAGUGAUGUGGUAACUUAAGAGGAAAGUGAAUUAGAUUAGAUUGUAAAACAUCAAUUAAAAGAAAAGAUUCAGAAAUAGAAAGUAAGAAAUAUAUUUAAUGGAAUAGGAAAUGCAAUAAUAAGCAUAUUUAGAAUUAAUAAAUGAAUUAGAUUUGCAAUAGAAACAUCAUACAUAUGAUGAAAAGGUAAAAGAGGAUUUCAAAUGCACAUAUCAAUAUAUGAGUUAAGGAAGAUAAGUUAGUAUUGAUAUAAAGUAUUACGAUUUCUCUAAGUUGAAUCCAUAGAAUUAUGUAAACGAUACUAUAAUAAACUUCUUUUUGAGAUUCAUUGAGAAUGACAUCUUCAAAAAUAAAUCUCUUUUAAUUUACAAUACUUAUUUCUGUACUAGAUUAUUAUCAUUUCAUGUGGAAUAUAAACAAAUUUAUUAAUAGUAUUUGCAAAAUAAUUCAAUGUUACAAAAAUGGACUAAAGAUAAUAUAUUUAAAAAAUAAUAUUUAUUAUUUCCUCUACAUUUACGUGAACAUUGGGCAGUAAUAUUUGUAGUAAAUCCAUUACAAGUUUGCGAAUAAUUGUGUAAUAAUAAUAACUUUUAAUUGAGUAAUGAUGUAAAUAAAAAUGGGUAUUUAAUCUAUUUUGAUUCACUCCUAAUAUAGGAUUAAAGAAUUGGAAUUCAAAUUAAAUUUUAUUUAAUGCAUGUCUAUAAUCAUGAACAUAAGAAAUAUAAUGAUGAUCAAAUCUAUGAAAUUGUAAUGAGAUCAAAUGUACCUGUACAUUAACCUAUAGUUCCAAGAUAGACAAAUCUAGUAGACUGUGGAUUGUAUAUGUUAGAAUAUGUGGAGAGGUUUUUAAUGAAUCCUUAUUAAAUUCUUAAUUAUUUGGAAUAGGAUCACUUGAAAUGGUUUCCAAAAGUGAUGAUUUUUAUUAAACGCAUAUUAAUUAAAAAAAUAUUAAAUGCCUUAAGUUCUGGAUAAAAAGAUUAUGCACUAAGAUACCAAGAAAACUGCAAGAUGAUUGAUUAACAAUUCAGUAUUUAUUUUAUUUAUUAAUUAUAGCUGAUACAAAUCAAUAUGAUUACAUUGAUGAAUAACUCCUCGAAUAAUUAUAAGUUCCACGUUUACAAUUUCAUCUAAGCGAAGAUUAUAAUUACUAUUAUGAUGUAUCGCCUAGUAUUGGUUUAUGA